AUGGGUCGACACAAGCGCAGGUUUGCGGACGAUGCACAGAAAGGAUCCUUGGCGACUGGAAAGAAGAAGAAAGGCCAGCAUCAAGGUCGUGAAGAAGAGAUCAAGACCAUAUUCAAGAACCCAGACGCCACUUCAAGUACCACGACGAACAAUAACAGCGAAGACAAGAGCAUGACCGCAUCUGACGUCCCAGAUCUCUCUGCCUCGACCCGAGUCUUCGGCAUCUACGAACUCUGCGAAAAGAUCUUGAUGUUUGCCGACCUCUGCAGCCUGAAAGUCUUCCACGCCCGAGCAAUCACACCAACAUGUCACGCCGUCAUCUGCCGCUCUAUACCACUAAGACGGGAGAUCUUCCUUCACCCGAAACCCACCGCGCCGACAGGACAGCCAGCUCAUCGCAAGAUUGUGCAUUGCGAGCUCUCACGCAACAAAAGGUUUGCCAUAAAUGAACCCGAGCAUCCCGAAAACCUCAGCCUCGUCUCACGCAACCCAUUCGUCUUCGGCGCCACGAACCCGCGGUGGUGCACUGGAGCGCUAAGCCUGUCCCAUGGCUUUGAAAGCUACGUCCUUUCCGGCGACACGAACGCCACGAUCGAAGCCAUGUAUCUCUUCAAUCCACCGGUCGGCCGCAUAAAUCUUCAUCUUCAUGAGAAGCUACUUGCGGAGCAACGAAAGGGCACCCUUUACGCCGAGGAAGAUUGCUGGUUCGAGGGACGAUACCACAUGAACAUGACGGACGAAAUUCGCUGCGGUCAUGGACCCGGGACGGGCAUCGAGUGUGGCUCAGGCGAACUGAAGGUGCAGCACUUGGUUCAGGCGUUGCGGAAGUUCCUCGCAGAAGUCGACGAGAAUGGGGAGCAGAAGUGGAGGAUCGAGGGUUGCCUCGUGCAGUUGUUGGGCAAGAUGGAGGUUGUGAGUACGUUCGGAAGAUUUUGGUACCCCAAGUUGAGAAGUUGGUCAGUUACCAGAUGUCGAGAAACUGGCAUCCUCUCCCGUGCUGUUCAAACCAGAAACAUUUCUUCAACUCUCGCGCUCUCGGACAGAUCCAUUUCUUGGUUCGAAUAUCUUAGCAAAGCAAAGAGAAUGGCAAAUGACCGCGGUGUCAGGAGCUUGGACGAGAGCGAGAAGACCGCGGAUGACAGCAAGAUGUCAUCGAACGACUACGACGCAGCCAUCGGACGUCUCCGCGCACGCCUUGGUGCCGUCAGGUCAGAGAAGAGGGUAAACAAUGGUACUGCGCUCAUCGAAAGCGCUUCAGAUCGGAAGAUCGAAACAUCUCCUUCCCGCAUCGACAAGAUUCGUGGGCCCAUACGGCUGGCGAAGAGCGACCUCAACAUUCUCUGUGCGCCUGCAGAGAACGACUCCACCUCUUCCGCCCUCUCGCCUACCACUUGUGAUCGAAGCAACAUGGGCGACGGCAUCGGUCUCAGCAACACCAUCCCGAACGAAGAUCCUCUUGCCUCUGGUCCUUUUCCCUCCACUUCAAUCGCCACUGCCGGGAGCAGCGACGCUGCGUUUAGUGCGGGAGUCAGCCUUUUUGACAUGGGCAUGGCAAAAGAUAGCGCAUUGACCGCGGAGCUGCCCGCUGCUCUCCGUGUCUUCUGCACCACGGAACUUCUGGAGAAAGUCCUCAUCCAGGUCUCUUCAUCCCCGAACGACAUUCUUCGCGCAAGACAGGUUACACACAAGUUCAACGCGGUCAUCGCCAAGAACAAAGACCUCCGCCGCAUUAUCUUUCUCGAGCGCCAACACGGACCCACGUUUGGACAGCCAGCGGACCGAAUUUCCUUCCGCACGGGCUCUCGCCCUCGACCAAUGCCACCGGAGCUGACUCUCGUCCAGCGGAACCCGUUCGUCUUCGGACGUAUCGACAUCCGCUUGCCCACGGGCGCAUUGACCCUGCGGCCAAAAUUUGAGGAGUACGCCCUCGGCACUUACGGCGACUCCUUCCCGAUGAUGGAUGAGAUGUUCGCCACCAACCCUCCCAUUGAGAUGCUGCGGCUGAACUUGGGCUCGCGGAGGACCGUCCGGCGCUGUGGUUUCAACCGGCAGCUGCACAACACGAUGUUGGGAGACUGCGGUCACAGUGUCACCGAUCGCGAGGUUCGCAAGGAGGGAGGCAUCAAGGUGAGGGACUUGGUUGCAGCUAUUGUAAAGUCGUGCAGUCAUCCGGCCAACAGGAAAGGGAAGUACAUGCUAAUCAACUCGGUGGUUAUGAUGCCUGCGCUCCACGAGGCUGUGGCGGAAGACUUCGAUGGGCCUCGUCGAUGGUUGAACGAGAGGCAGAUUGGGGCGAGGAAGCAUCAACGACUCAUAAACCUCACGCCGACGAAGCUGGGACCGCCAUUCUGCCCCAUCUUCUCGCGCUCGACUGCCACUUCGUGCGGACACCUCAACAUCGACGCCUCCCUUUCGUUCACCAUUACCAUGGCCAAUAAGCGCAACUCUGCCGCGUCUCCGUUCGUGUCUCGCAUCGAGAAGAGUGCCCGCUCUGGCCGCCACGCCAAAAAGAUCAAGCUGAAUUCCAAUUUUGCGCCUGCGAAAGACCACUCCUCGACCACAGCUGCGGCAGGUCCCAUCCGACUCAUUUUGGACGAUAGCGAAGACGAGCUGAGCUCCAGCAAUGCUGAUGGGGACCGCGCUGUCAACGGCAGCAAUAUCGAGGCAAACGAUGGCGUUUCCGCGGAAGGAAACCGUACCAUCGCCAGCGACAUCAGGCUGAAGGCCAACAGCUCCGCUCCCAAAACUCCGACCAGCAGCCGCAUCAACUCCCCUCCUCUCCCCGCAUCGCACAACGGCAACAGUGCCGCUCCGGACAACAACGUUGUUCCAUCUCCUGUCGCUACUGCAGAAGGCAAUACCGGUCCCGAGCUCCCGGCUGGUCACCGACUCUUCUACACCACCGAGCUCUUGGAGAAAAUCCUAGUCCAAUUGCCCUUCAUGGAGAUCCUGCACGCCCGAAGGAUCGCACACAAAUCGAACGCAGUCAUCGCCAACAACACCGACCUCAAGCGUAUCAUCUUUCUUGCAGCUUGUGAAGGUCAAGCCCACGGACACCCACCACUGCGAACACCCUACCACCGCAACCCGAACAUCAUCGCUUGCGGCUGGGGGCCAAAUCCCCCUCCGCUCCCGUUUCCUACGGCUCCCAACUUCAAUUUGGUCCUCCCAAACCCACUUCUCUUCCUCCCCUCCGACCGCUACUUGCCCGCCGGUGGCUUGACUCUCCGUCCCUCUUUCGAGGAACACAUCUUCCGUCCCUCCAACGCAACGAUUUCAUUCUUCGACGAAAUGUACAUCACCAACCCACCCGUCGACCGCCUUGAAGUCGCCAUUGGCACACGGAAGAAGGGUGCCUGCGAUUUCUUCCUCCGGAUUCACAAUGUCUCGAGCCACUCACGAUGCGGCCACAAGAAGACGGAGAUGCUUGUUAAAAAUGCGGGAGGAAUCAAGGUGUCCGACUUGCUGGCAUUUAUCAAGGCUAUGCUGCCUGGCACUAUCACUCAGCUGCAGAACACGGUGGUUAUGCUGCCGGACGGUUGUCAGUUAUUGAAAAUCGCCAUGGCUACGCAGCGCGUCCCUCCAUGUCUGAGCGAGGAAAACAAGAACAUACAACACAACAGCAUGGCACUCACGAGCAGAGAAGCGGAGCGAGACACCACUACACCUUUCACCACCACCAAUGCCGGCUAUACGCGGUCGAAGUCCAUUGCCGAUCAAGACGACCUUGCGCCAAGAUCUAACGAUCCGUCUCCUGUCAUCGCAUCUUUGCCAUUCAGGAUUGAGAUAAGCCGUCGCUCGGAUGGUGGCCACGAGAUGAAGACCAGCAUCGCCGCAAACAGUGCUUCCUCUUAUCCCAAUUCCACAUCUCACAUAAGCAUCGAAGCCUUCCUGAGCGAUGGUGUUGCCGUGAACAGCGCUGAUGUCUCCGAGCAUCUCUUGACCUACGGCCCUCCACAAGACAAGAGCAGUGCCGCUCUCUCCGAGUUCACCAUAUCGAAAUCCGCCGCAAUCGUCACGUACGCGGUCUCGCCUCCCCAGCUCCCAGCUGGCUACCGCAUCUUUCACAUUCCCGAGCUGCUCGAGCUGAUCCUCAUGGGACUCCCUGCUCUCGACGUCCUCCGCGCUCGACGUCUUUCCAAUCAUUCAAAGACAGUCAUCGCCAACAGCAUACCUUUAAAGCGCAUCAUCUUUCUCGAACGCCAGGCCCUCCGCUUCGCCGCUUCCAUCGCCUCACCACCGCUCAGACUCGUACGUUUCAACCCACUGGUCUUCUUCUCCACACCAGACUAUCUCCCAGCUGAGAGCUUGCAACUUCAUUCAAAGUUCGACGAAUACAUCCUCCGUGCACCCGAGAAGACGACGUCCUUCAUCAACGACAUGUACAUCACCAACCCUGCAAUCGACCGGAUUCUCGUCAAUCUUGGCGAAACGAACAAUGGUCGACGGCGUAGCUUCGCGGGUGCUGCUUUCCGGAUUACGAACCGUCUGAUUCUAAAUGAGGGAGGAGUGAAGGUGUCUGAUCUGGUGUGGGUGAUCAAGAAGGAUCUCGGCGAUGAUAUGGGUCGUGCUUUCGUGGUGUCAUCGGUCAUGCUGCCGAAGGGAUACGAAGUGGUGGAGAAUGAUCCAGCUUGA